AUGACGACCCAUCUUGAAGCGGCCCACAUAAUUCCAUCUGCACUUGGAUCCUUUCAGGCCAAUGACGGCGAGGCAGUGGACAGACAUGCGAAGAUUUGGGUCAACCUAAGGCGCUACUUUCCAGUUCUUCGCAAUAUGUCCUUUACCUCAGAACAGAUCAAUUUGGAAAAGAAUGUCCUGAUGCUAGACUCUCAACUUCACACGGAAUUCGGUCAAUUCAGACUCAUUUUUGAAGCAACCGGAGUUGCUCACCAAUAUCGAAUCAAGACCUUUCCAGAUACCGCCACGGGGCCAAUACGAAAUUUACCUAAAAAUCGUCUUACCAAGUUCAGAGUUCACAAAGGAAGUUGGGAACUUCCAGAUCCUAACCUUCUCGAAAUCCACGCCUCUAUUGCAAACUUUCUACAUAUGAGUGGCCAGGCGGAGAUAAUCGACAAGGUCCUGAAAGAUUUUGAAGACUGUGGUGGGCUUGCCCCGAGUGGAAGCACCAACAUCGAAGACCUUCUUGCUGUGAGCAGCCUCUCACUACUACCCUCGAGUGCCAACAGAACGCCCGAUUCCUACAGGUCUGCAGACAAGUAA